AUGGCCUACACAGAUGGCUCAAUGGUUGACACCGUCACUCUGGCCACGAUCGGCGCAUUCUAUGCGUCAUUGGCAAGUGCCCUUUACCUUCUCAUCUGGGGCAAGUACAUUCAGAUGCAGAAGUUGUUGGUGGUGGUCAUGGUCCUGGUGAACUUGCGCUAUAUCGUCUUUGGCAUGAGCGCAUCGAUUGGUUGGGUGACAAAUGCGUCUGAUGUCUUGACUGACUUGCUCGUAGGUUUGGACACAGAUUGUCCACAGCGUGCUCCAGCAAUGUGCACAGAGCUGUCAGGGAAUCCCAACAGUUUGCUCUCAAUGUAUACCUCUCAUCCAAGUUGGGCUGCGGACUUGUACCAUCUUUUUGGCGAAGGACCCAAACUCGACAAGAUUUGCAUGCACAUCCACAUCCUUGCCAUGACCGCAGCACUGAGUGUAUCUUUCGUGCACAUUUUCUUUCUUCGUGGAAAGCUUCAGCGCCGUGCCGGUCAAGUCUCUGCUUUCUUUGCAGCGAUUGGAGUGCCCAUGGGAUUGGUGGUCGGGUUGACGAAUCAGAGCUCUGAGGCCUAUGGAGGCAUGUGGUCGGUGUAUGGCUGGAUUUGGAUGGCCGGGUCCAGCUUUUUCUUGCUGAGCAAGGGUGUGUUGACAGUCUUACAAGGCAACAUCAAGUCACACAAGCGCUGGAUGACGCGUUUUUAUGUCUCAAUGUGGUGUGACUUCCUUGUCUUCCGAUUGUUACUCUUUGUUGUGACACCAUUCGUUACCGAAUGCAAGAGCUGCGCCUUUCUGCCCAUGAUCUACUUGUCCCCGCUGAUUGGGCUCAUCGCGGGUGAGGUGGUUCUCCAAGCCAAGGACAACGGAAACUGGGUGUCCAACUACAAGACUAAGUGA